AUGAACAUAUGGGGAGGCGAGAAUUUAGAAAUAUCUUUCCGAGUUUGGUUAUGUCAUGGAAGUCUGGAGAUUAUUCCUUGCAGCAGAGUUGGCCAUGUAUUUAGAAAGCAUCAUCCAUAUACUUUUCCUGGAGGAAGUGGGGCUGUAUUUGCAAGGAAUACUCGGAGAGCAGCUGAAGUAUGGAUGGGAAAAUACAAGCAAUUUUAUUAUAAUGCUGUACCAUCAUCUAAAUACAUUGCCUAUGGAGACAUCUCAGAAAGAUUAGAAUUAAAGAAAAGGUUACAUUGUAAGCCUUUUAAAUGGUAUUUGGAUAAUGUAUACCCAGAACUCAAAAUUCCUGGCCAACAAGAUCCAACACCAGGUAUGCUCAAACAAGGUAAAAUGUGCAUGGACACUCUUGCACACACAUUGGGAGGCAGCAUCAGCAUUUAUUUUUGCCAUAACACUGGAGGCAACCAGGGUUGGCUUUACACUGAAUCUGGUCAUAUCAACCAUUUUGGCCUGUGUGUGACAUUACCUAAUAAUGCUUCAUCUACAGAACUUACAUUAACAGUGUGUUCAAAUGCAAACCCUUUUCAGAGAUGGAAUCAUGUGAACAAACGGAGUAUGCUGAAACAUCACAUGUACAAUUUAUGUAUUGAUAGCAAGGACUACCCUAACCGUGGACUUAUAGCAAUGCAGUGUGACCCUGCAAGUCGCACACAAGUUUGGAAAUACAUCCUGACUGGAUCAUAG